UAAAUGCAGUCAAAUCCAUUUAAUGACAAGCUCGAGUCAAAGACGUUCUUAGGUUAACAGUCAAACCUCGGUGGAAACAUUCAUAUGCCUCUGAUCAAUAUUUGCGAUAAGCAUGGUUUAUAUUUCCUGACCCCGUUCUAGUUUCGAACUUUGUGCUCGUUAAAAUUAUCAUUCUGUGUUAGAGAGAGAAAAAAAAUCAUCAGGCCACGCUGAAUAGCUCUCAAGUUGUGAAUGUUUUAGGAAAUUGAUAUGGUGCAAGUUACCUUAGAGAAACUACGUGGACUCUCUCAAGAUGACAAAACAGAAAAUGCCUUGUUACGAUCUAGAAUAGAUGAACAGUCACAGCUCAUCUGCAUCCUAAAGCGUCGAGCAGAUGAAUUUUUACUGCGUUGCCAAGCUUUGGAGACAAUUAAUACUGAGCUGGAGAACCAGCACAAGGACCUCAAGCAGCAAUUAGAGAACCAACUAAAGCAGUCAGCUCAGCUAGAGGCACGAUUCAUGGACCUGGCAUUCAAUCACCAAGAAAUUAUCAAAUUCAAGGAUGAAUAUAAGAGUCAGAAUGCGGAGCUAAGAAAGCAAAAUGAAAAACUCCGGAGAGAGAAUGAAAGUAUUUUCUGCAAAGCCCUGGGACAGAAAGAUGAUGAAAUAUUGAAGCUCUCUAAUGAGUUGGGAAAUUGUUUAAAGCAAUGCAAGGCACUCGAACAGGAAUGCAAUGAGGUAACACUGAAUUUACAAAGAAAAGAAAAUGAGUUCUUGCAGCAGAAAACAAGCACAGAGAAAUUUUAUCUGAAUGAAGUGCAAUUGUUAAGAGCAAAGCUGAAAGAAUCAGAAGAUCGAUGCAAUGUGGCUGAACUGAAGCAGAAAGAAGCUGAAGAAAACAGAUGUCAUGAAGAAACAGAACUACUUCAUAAAUUGCAUGAACUGUCCAAGGAGAAGGAAGAACUGCUGACACUUUCUAUGCAACGAGGGAAAAUAAUACAGGACAAAGAAAAGGAUGUUCAGCAACUGGAGGAGAAAUUAAGAUUGACAGAAAAAGCAAGAAAGAAAGCAGAAGAUCGGUUUCAAUAUGAAUCUGCAGUGGUAAAUUCAAAUGUAAAGGUCAAGGAGUUACAACAGCAGUACCAGAAAUCUCAAGAGGCUUAUGCUGACUUGGAAAGGGAAUUUGAAGCUUUCAAAAAGCACAGCAAUGACCUGCUAACUAAAGAAAAGGAAGUGAAUGAAAAAAUACGUCAUCUGAUUGAGUGAUGUCAGAUUUCUACAAAUGUAUUUUACCUAAUGUUUAGCAAUAAGUUGACUGUCUUUCUUGACUUGCAACAAGAACAAUUUUAGUGACCUACUUUUGAAAUAGUUUACCUUCUCCGUGCAAAUAUUAUACAUUACAGGUAAAACCUCGUUAAGAUGCUGUCUUCCCUAUUUUUGUGCUGUAACCAAUCUUAUGGUCUCCCUUACUACUUUACUGCAGAAAACUAUAGCAACAGAAAAAACAAAUAUGAAGAAUAUGUUGUAAGCUCAGGGAGUCUCAGUCUAAAAAUGGAGUGUAAGAAUUUUCAAUUAGAAAAUAAACUAUAAUUUGAAUGAGAAAAUUGUUUUUUUCAUUGUUAAUCCUGUUGAUUUAAACGCAAGUAUUCAGAUUGCUGUUUGUUUUAACGUUAUGUUUUUUAAGGACAGGAAAACAAUUGUGCCGUGCAUCUGCAAUUUGACUGUAAUACCAAUUGCAUAUAAAAAAUUUUAAUAAAACAGGUUUUAUGA